AUGGAAGACACGCCAUCGUCUGAAACGAUCUCGUCCACUGUUACAGCAGACGAGGCACCUAGAAAAUUAACGAAAGCCGAAAAGAAGGCUCUGUACCGUCCUGCACAUGCGGAACCACUCGAAACUAGGCGAAAAGUUCUGAAGGAUGUGUUCUUGAACGAAAAGAAUGAACUGCUGAGAGAGGAGCUGCUCACUUCCAUUCUGUUCUCGAUUUUCGAGAUUGACGAAAACCCGUACGAUUCUGUUCUUCAGCUUCAUAAAAUCUCCCCCGACUAUGCAUCCAAUAAACCUAAGUCCUUGGCUGAAGCGAUGGACGUUGUAGAAGAGUUCGGACUUCAUAGUGAAUAUGGAUUACACGCGUUCGUUAUUCCUUGCCUGCUACAGGACAAGUUGGGCGCAGUCGUCAGAUAUAUUGAAAAGGAUAGGAAGAUGCAGGAGAGUUUCGUAUCGUAUUUGGACAGUUUUGUGGGCCUAUCAGAAAGCGAUGUUAUCGACCGCCUAAAGGAAUAUAAGGAUAGCCAAAUAAUGACUAUGCAGUACGAGCGAUUCACAGGGAAAACGAUAGAGAAAAUGAUAUACAAGCUUGCUAAUGAACUUGCUCUAUCAGUGGAGUCCGUCGCUCCGAAUCUUUUUCGUGCUCGGAAGGAGGGGGACCUCCGAUUUAAGGCUCAGUCGAGAUUCGUGAACAAUGAUCUCAAUGAUGAUGCUUAUUUCGGUCACAUAAGUGAAACAUUGAAAGAAGGUGACGAACGGCUGAAGAUGUACUUCAUAAACUUUCUCACCGCUCAGCGAAACUUUAAGGACGCUGUUCGCUGGGUGGUGUAUUGUAAUAUUCCCGACGCUCGCUUACCUCGACGUUUGCAAGAGUACAUAAAUAAUACGCCUGGUGUCCUGUAUGAAGCUGAGUUAAAUAUAAGAAGGCUUGAAGCAAGAGCUCUCGAAGUCGGAGACGAUGACACGGAACUCAUGCCUGGAUACCCUAUAAUCAUGGUCACCACGUGGAAACAGCUCAGCACUUUAACGAAUAAACUCAAAGAUGAAACUCAUAUUGGUAUCGAUUCAGAAUGGAAACCCCAGUAUAUGUCGCCUAGGUUUGAUCUCACCAACGACAUGCGAGCACUUUUUGCUGGGUCCUCAAUGUCUCAUCUGCGUUCCUUAAGCGAUGAACUCCAUAAUGUGGUUUGCGUCAAACUACUUGUUGAAAAUUUACUAGAGGAGGAUCCCCAGUUUUUCGAUAUGGAAAAUUUGGUUUGCUGUAUCAACGAAGGUGAUCUAGGCGGUGAUCUCGACAACGUGCAGAUGGUGCACUUCAAGCUUAGUGAUUUGAGUGAAAAAUUACUGGGCGUAAAGCUAGACAAGUCUGAACAGUGCAGCAAUUGGGCAAUUCGCCCUUUGCGGGCGAAUCAGAAACGCUACGCGGCGAUGGAUGCUUACAUAGUUGUGGAACUGUUUUCAAAACUGAAGGCAUCGGCCGAAGCCCGUGGCAUCGAUUUUCAUGCAGUAGUGCAAAGGUCCAGCGUGACUGCAAAAAAGAAGGAAAGAACAAAGUCAAAGAAAGAGCGAAUGAAGAUUGAUGACAUGUCUUGGUCAGAAAUUUGCGAGAAACUAGAAGAUGUGUUGACGGGCACGCGACAAGCAACCGAAUUGCAGUGUAUCGUAGAUUCUAUGCUGUUUGGGCUUGGUAAACACAUGAGACGAUGCGGUGUAAAUGUGCUAAUUCCCGAGAAUAGGCAUGAACUGAAAUGCAGGGCUAGCGGCAGCGAAAGGAUCAUUUUGACCAGCGGGAAAGCUUUUGACGAGGAGUGUAAUGGUAUUUGUUUCGUAAAAGUGCCAGGUCCAGUGAUUCAAGCCCUUUUUGAAAACGUUGUCGUUUGCCGGAGCGGUUUUCAUGAUGAGCUUUUCGACUUCGCU